AUGGCCUAUCAACUUGAGCUUAUAAGGUUAAUCAAUUUCGAUAUUACUCCUUGCUUUACCGACAAUCGACAGAUUCACGCUUAUUAUGCCGUUGGUAAAGAAAAUACUUCGGACUAUAGAUUUUUUAUUCGAUCCUUAGUUCGUCCUGCAAGGUUGCGAAAUAGCACUGCAAUCAUUUGUAAAUUUCAUUACAACAUUUGUGUUAGAACCAAACAAGUUGAGGAAGCUGUUAAAGGCUUUAUUGAUCGGCACGGCAAAAGAUUAUGGAGAUUGCGUCUGACCGGAUCCGAAGUUCGUUUCAAAGUUGAAGACCCUACAUUAGGAACAAGUUAUCCUUUACGUGUCAUCAUUAAUAAUGUCUCCAGGUAUGUUGUUAAAGUAGAAACUUAUCAGGAGACUCAUUUGAUGGGUACCGAAUUAUUUCGCCAAGCUAUUAGAAUACUAUGGAAUCGUGCAUCUCAUCAUAGUUCAAACCUUAAAUAUUCUAGUGAUGUUUUGGAAGCCAAUGAAAUUGUGCUUGACGAGAAUAAUAAUUUACGAGAAGUGGAGAGAGCUUCUGAACGAAUUCAUUUGGUAUGGUUGCAAAUAUCUUUACUCUUUUUACCCGAAUAUCCCAAAGGUAAAAAGAUUAUCGUGAUUGCAAAUGAUAUCACAUAUCACACACAUUGGUUCUUUUGGUCCUUUAGAAGAUCAAUUUUUGGAAUACCUAGAGCAUAUUUGUCAAGGAUUGGAUUGGCGGGAGAAGUUAUGAAUCAUUUUAACGUUGCAUUGAUUGAUAAAGGAAAUCCAAGUAAAUAUAUCGAAUAUCUUUAUCUUGAUUUGGAGACAUAUAAGCAAUUACAUCAAAAUGGAAGGAAAUCCGUUAUCGCGGAAAGGAAAGAAACACGUCAUAAAAUCACCAAUAUUAUUGGAUCAAAAGAUGGGCUUGGUGUUGAAUGUUUAAAGGGUUCAGGAUUAAUCGCUUGGAUAGCAUCGCACAAUAACGUAUUGGAGCUAAGAAAUCUACAACUUGGAGGCACGCAAAUUAUGUUUAAGAAUGUAGUUUCAUAUCUGACUGCACAAAAUGAUUUGGAGGGUAUUACAAAGAUUAUGCAAUGGCUUUAUUACGUCCAGCAGUUGGCCUUACGAUCCAAGAUAGUUAAUUGCGGGCAAAUUACCCUUAAUGAUUCGUGUAUUUUCAGGUGGUCAAAGGGACAUGAUUCUAAAAUAUGUAUCUUAUAUCGUGGAUGCACUUACCAACUACAAGCAAUCUGUAUUUGUUUGUAUUGUUCAAACGGAGAACUUCGUGGUGGUGAUUGGGUUGUAAUAGAUCCUACCAUUAACGAUGAUAUGAUGGAAAUGUACGCCGAUGAAAAAUCAAGAGCUGGAGUACUUGAACCCGAAGGAAUUGUAGAAAUCAAAUUCAGAAAGCCACAAUUGCUCGCAACAAUAGAAAAUUUGGAUGCAAGGGAACAAGAAUUAUUACCGAUAUAUUCACGAAUGGCGAUUCAAUUUGCAGAUUUACAUGAUACACCAGGAAGAAUGAAAUCCAAAGAAAUGAUAAGAAAAUUGUUAGAAUGGAAGGAAUCUAGAAGAUUCUUUUAUGUGUUUGGAGAAGGUUACAUGAAGAGUACAUAUUUAGAGAUUUGA